UACGACGCGCGCAUUGUAACGGACUGCCAGCCACGGACGCUGCAACGCUCUGUAUUAUCAGUACCAGUCGCCGCUUCUGCUCUGAGCGCCACCCAAAAAUUUACAGUUUCGGCUCUGCAGCUGCUUCGGGCCCGUGUGCCAUCGUGAUGCUGUCCCAGUGUGGCCGGUUGUGUGUGUAACUGUGUGUGCGUGCGAGCGACCGUUUGACGGUUUAAUUUGAAUUUCGAAAAUAUUCAUCAAAGAUGCUGCCGAUCGGAAAAACGCAACCAAAGCAAAACGAAGAAGACCGCGUUAGCGAGUGAAGCGCAUUGCCUGAUAAAUUGAACCGAGAUUAAAAACGGGACAAAAUCGUUCACGUCUAAUCGUGUCGCCAUUAUCUCUCUCUCUCUCUAUCUCUCCCUCCCACUCGUGCGUGCGUGCGUGCGCGUGUGCAUGUGUGCUGUGCGUGUGUGCCAAACAAUUAAUUAGCAUUUAAAUCGCUCAUUUAUCUGCGAUCUGCUGCGGCCCAAUCAAAGCCAAAAGCCAAACAGAGUAAGAAAGAGAAAGAACGAGUAAAGCUGAAAAGCAGUGUUGCCCCCACAGCAAGAAAAUCAAAAACAAAAUAAAGGAUUUCCAAACUUUCUAUCAAUUAAACGGAACGAGUUUUAAUCAAAAACCAACAAAAUGUUCGCCUGUUUGCAGCUGCUCGCCGCGCUCUGCGUCAUCGGCACUUUAAUAGAUUUCACAGCCGGACUGCGUCUGGUCGAGGUGCGCAUACCGAACUACGUGAUUAAGGGCGCCACAGCACAGCUGGAGUGCCUAUACGAUCUGGACGGCGAGGCGCUCUAUUCGGUCAAAUGGUACAAGGAUGGCAAUGAGUUUUAUCGCUAUGUGCCCAGGGAUAAUCCGCCGGCGCAAACGUUCCGUUUGCCAGGUGUUGCUGUCGAUUUGCACAACUCGAGCGACGCGAUUGUUAACCUGCACAACGUCAAUCUGCAGUCAGCGGGCCGCUUCCGGUGCGAGGUAUCCGGCGAGGCGCCAUCCUUCCAAACGGUCACCGAGCACGGCGACAUGGUUGUUGUAUCUCUGCCGGAUCAGGGACCGCCGAAAAUAAUUGGGGGACGUCCGCGUUAUCAAAUUGGCGACUGGGUGCGCAUCAAUUGCACCGCCGGCCGCUCCAAGCCAGCUGUCAAUCUGUCCUGGUUCGUCAACGGAGAGCCCGCCGAGCCGCAGAAGCUGCGAAAAUUCGAGACUAUCGUAUCGGGUCGUGAGGGCCUCGAGACCUCCGUGCUGGGCCUUCAGUUUCGCGUGGAGCAGCAGCAUUUUCGCAACGGCGACAUGAAGCUAAAGUGUGUGGCGGCGCUUUCGACCUUCUACUGGCGCAGCAACGAGGAGUCCGUCGAGGGCGACCGGCCGCAGAAGGCGCCGGUUUUGGAGUCGCGCGAAAGCGACAGCGCCUUCGCCAGCAACUCGCGCGCCGAUCCGGUGCAAGCCAGCAAAACGGACUCGCUCCUAAUGGCCCGGGCGCCCAGUGCGCUGCUGUUGCUGGCGCUGGCCACGGCCGCCACUCUGGCCGGCGUCAGCUGCGGCUGCGGCGGCGGCGGCGGCGGCGGCGGCGGCGGCGGCGUUAUAUCCUGGCCAGCGUCCACGCACAGCAAGGCCGGGGCCCGAGUGAAUCGCGAUUCGGUCAAAGAUAUUGUUGUUGAUCUCGCUAAUGGUAAUGAUAAGGCCAAAGAUAAGGUCAGAGUUAAAGAUAAGCGCGUGCAGCUCGAGUUGCUAACCGCGGCCAAGCAAAAGCUCACAAUGUUUCUGCGCCAGCUGCGACGCUCAGCGAGUGACGCGUCGUCAGCGGCAGCAACAGCGGCUGUUGCAGCAACCGCGCAGCGGCGGCAGAUGCUGCUGUCUGCGCGGUAGCUGCAUUAAGCUGGCCGCCCAUGCAUUCAGCCCCGCCCAUUUUUCCACUAAAUUUCCGUCUUCGCUACGCAGAAAAUAAAAAUCAAAAAUAUUGCAAACUUUACGUGCAAAUUGCAAAAAAAAAAAAUAAGAAAAGAAAAAAAAAGAAAAGAGAAAAAACGAACGCUGCUAAUUUAUUUAUGUCGUUAACAAAAGCUUUCUUGAAUUUAAUUUGUAUAAGAAAAACCAUAUUUAUAUGCAUAUACAAUUAUUUAAAUUUAACAAAAAGUAUAUAUAUAUAUUUUAAAUAAGCGUCACAAACCUGUUUUUAGCUGGGAAAAAAACAAAAUUGUUAAGCGUAUUUAAAUGGAAAACAAGUUAUUCAUAAAACUGUACAUAGUUAAUAAUUAAUGUGUGUAUUGUAUGUUAUUAAUUUAUAAGUAUUUCCACACAAUAAGAUAAAGCGGCGCUGCACUAAACAUAAAAAAAAAAAAAAACAGAACAUGAAAUUGAAAAAAAAAAGAAAAUGCAAAAACAUGAAAACAAAGGAAAAGCUCAACAGAUCGAACAGAAUCAAUGUAGGGCGUUGCAAAUAACGAGUUUAACGUAACAAAAAUAUAUAUAUUUAAGAUAAAUGAAUAUAUAUAUGUAUAUGUAUUGAAAUUAAAAUAGUUUUAAGCAUUCUAUAGCUAAUAACAAUAAUAAUACAACUAAAUAAAUUAAAUAAGCACAGUAAUUUUCAAUGGAAUUUUAAACAAAACGCAAACAUUUAACUGUCAUUCGAUAUACACGAGUGCAAAGUUGAUUCACACUUGAUCUAAUAAAUAGUUAAGAAUUUAAAUACAUUUAUUUGGGCUAAAGAAAUUCAUUUUCAAAAAUGUUGUUAAAUGUUUUUCAAUGCAAUUUAUUUACAAUUAAUGCACUCAAUAAAUUUGUAUAUUCACACGAAAAGAAAAAGUUAAGAAAGAAAGAAAAGGAAAUGAAAUUUGGAUGAAUCUAAUUAAAUGUAGCAUUUAAAAGCUGGUGACUGUCGAAAGGUCUUAAAACUAACAAAAACAUAUCGUAAAUUUAUAAAUUGCCAAAUUUUUUAUGUGUAUGUAUGUAUGAGAACUCAAUUCAAUUACACAUGUAUGUAUGUAUGUAAUCAAUAUACAAAGCCGUCGAGCGAAACCUAUUUAUAAAUUAAGUGUACCAUGUUCAAUCUCUGUUCUCUGUCCGUUUUUGUAUGUUCAGCAGCGUACCUAAAUAUUAUUAUUUCGAAUCAACAAGAUGAAAGAGAGAAAAACUACUAAUAACAUUCCAUGUUAUUUUGCUGCCAAACAAAACAAAAAGCGCUAUCAAUGUUAACAGUUUAGUUAGACAAAUUUAGAAUCAACAACAGAGUCAAAACAAGUAAACCAAAAAAUAAAUAAAAAAGUUGAAUAAAAUGAAAACAAUAGAGAAAUAUGAUUGUGAUUAAGCCUUAAUGGAGAGUGGAAAUACAUUCAAACACAAUUAUAAAUUUAUGUAAAUAGCCCGAGAGCAGCGCCAUAUCAAAUGCUUUGUCUAUUUAUAAUUAUUAAACCAAUUUCAACAUAAACACAUAUAUAUAAACUUUGAUAUCCGAUAACAAUUGAAAUUGUAUGUGCGUUAAGCGAGAAUUUUAAUUUGAAUUUUAAUUGUCAUAAAUAUAUACAUUUUAUGUGUAAAUACUUAAAUUAAAACGCUAACUAAAUUAGCGUUAAGAUGUCAAAAGUGAAAACAAAGAGCAAAACAUAAAAUGAAUGCGCCAAUUUUAAUAUUAAGGGGAUAAAUUUACAAAUAAAUAAAAUAGCAAUGUGCAGACAUUUAAAUGCUAAUUAAGUAGCACAGCAUGUGUGCAUGUGUAUGUGUGUGCGUGAGUGAGUGUGUGUGUGUGUGUGUGUGUGCAAUUAGAUUUAAGCGUAGGCCGCAUUAAGUGCAUCAAUGUGUAACUUUAAUAAAAAUCAAUGUGCAUUGUUGUCAACUGUAAACUGUAAACUGUUUUUAAGUCUCACUUACUUAAUGUCAUCGCUAUAAAACUUAAACUGAAAAUAUUUUAAUGACAAAAUACGAUCAACAAAAUCCACAAAAAAAAAAGGAAUCAUAUAUAUAAAUGUGUGCUAAUUGUAAGUGUAAAUUAUUUGUGAAUUUAAAAACCAAUCUUUAGAUGUAUAAAAAAAACAAAACGUAAGAUUAUAUGCAUUCGAAUAGAUACGACGAAAUAAACAUAUAGAAAAAGCUGCAUACUAAAUAUAAAAAAAAAGCCAAUGCCAUAAAGUAAUCUAACUUGAAUUUAACAACAACAAAACUAAGCUACAGCAACAAAACGAAACGAAACUCUGUAAAUAUCUUUAAGCGUAAUUCAAUGAAAGAUACGAGCAUAUGACACAACAAAAUCUAACAAAUUAUUAACGAAAAGCAAAAAUCUUGAAAAAUAAUUAUUAAUAAAACAAAACAAAAUAAUAAUUGUUUUAAAAUCAA